GUAUAUGACCGUAUACGUCGAUGUGAUAGGUCUCCCAUAAAUUUUUAAUAAUUCCACGGCGCCUAAGCAGAGUACGUGCUCCACGCGUGAGAAUAAUUUAGUGCGGACCACUGUGUGCAUGCGUGUGCCCUCCACCGCUGCCCAAUUUUGUGAUACUAUAUAGGUAGACCACGGCCAUGGCCGCCAUGGCGAAUCAUAUCCCAACACACACACACAGCUAGCUGAUUGAACCACCUCGCCGGCCGGCUAGCCAGAGUGAGCACGAUGGGGAGGAAGAGAGGCGGCGUGGUGCAGGCAAUGGCGGCGGCGGUGGCCGCGCUGCUGCUGGCUACGGCGGCGAGCGUGUCGUCGUCGCCGCCGUUGGAAGGGUUCCAGCCGCUGUCCAAGAUCGCCGUCCACAAGGCCACCGUCGACAUGGACGCCGCGGCGUACGUCACGGCGACGCCGGCGUUGCUCGGCGAGCAGGGAGAGGACACCGAAUGGGUCACUGUGAAAUACGGCCGGACAAACUCUUCCGCUGACGACUGGAUUGCCGUCUUCUCUCCAGCCGAUUUCAUCUCUGGCUCGUGCCCUAACCCUUCCAGGUACCCCGGCGAGCCGCUGCUCUGCACAGCACCUAUAAAGUAUCAAUUUGCCAACUACUCGGCGAACUAUCUGUACUGGGGAAAAGGAAGCAUCCAGUUCCAGCUCAUCAACCAGCGCUACGACUUCUCCUUCGCCUUGUUCACUGGAGGUCUCGACAACCCUAAGCUGGUGGCGGUGUCGGAGGCGAUCUCGUUCAAGAACCCCAAGGCGCCCGUCUUCCCUCGCCUCGCGCAGGGCAAAUCCUACGACGAGAUGACGGUGACAUGGACGAGCGGCUACGACAUCAGCGAGGCGUACCCGUUCGUGGAGUGGGGCAUGGUCGUCUCCGGCGCCGGCGCCGGCGCCGCCGCUGCUCCCACCCGCACCGCCGCCGGCACGCUCACCUUCAACCGUGGCAGCAUGUGUGGUGAGCCUGCACGCACAGUUGGGUGGAGAGACCCCGGCUUCAUCCACACAGCUUUCAUGAGGGACCUGUGGCCCAACAAAGAGUAUUACUACAAGAUUGGGCAUGAACUAUCUGAUGGAUCGAUCGUGUGGGCAAAGCCCUACACUUUCCGGGCGCCACCGUUCCCUGGCCAGAACUCGCUGCAACGCAUCAUCGUCUUUGGCGACAUGGGAAAGGCGGAGAGGGACGGAUCAAACGAGUUUGCCAACUACCAGCCAGGAUCUCUGAACACGACAGACAGGCUGGUUGAGGAUCUGGACAACUACGACAUUGUGUUCCACAUCGGUGAUCUUCCCUACGCCAAUGGCUACAUCUCCCAGUGGGAUCAGUUCACUGCCCAGGUGGCUCCCAUCACCGCCAAGAAGCCCUACAUGAUUGCAAGCGGCAACCAUGAGAGGGACUGGCCCAACACCGGAGGUUUCUUCGACGUCGAGGACUCCGGCGGCGAGUGCGGCGUCCCUGCUGAGACCAUGUACUACUACCCGGCCGAGAACCGGGCCAACUUCUGGUACAAGGUGGACUAUGGGAUGUUCCGGUUCUGCAUCGCGGACUCGGAGCAUGACUGGAGGCAGGGGACCGAGCAGUACAGGUUCAUCGAGCAGUGCUUGUCGACGGUGGACCGGAAGCACCAGCCAUGGCUGAUCUUCGCGGCACAUCGCGUGCUGGGCUACUCCUCCAACUGGUGGUACGCCAACCAGGGCUCCUUCGAGGAGCCGGAGGGGAGGGAGAGCCUGCAGAAGCUGUGGCAGAAGCACCGCGUCGACGUGGCAUUCUUCGGCCACGUCCACAACUACGAGCGCACGUGCCCGCUGUACCAGAGCCAGUGCGUCUCCAGCGAGAGGAGCCACUACUCGGGCACCAUGAAGGGCACCAUCUUCGUCGUCGCCGGCGGCGGCGGCAGCCACCUGUCGGGCUACACCUCGGAGAUACCCAGGUGGAGCAUCUUCAGGGACCAGGACUUCGGGUUCGUCAAGCUCACCGCGUUCAACCACUCGUCGCUGCUGUUCGAGUACAGGAAGAGCAGCGAUGGCAAGGUGUAUGACUCCUUCACCGUCGAUAGGGACUACCGCGACGUGCUCGGCUGCGUGCACGACAGCUGCUCCCCCACCACGCUCGCCACCUGAAUGAAGAAAAACGAUAUGGCAUUAGGAUGUAUUGAUGCUUCAUCAUCCAGCUAGCAGCUGAGAGCCUGCGAGUGAUCGGCUGAUCGAGUUUCUUCUUCUUCUGUUUUCCUUUUCAGCCAUUCUCAGGUGUGGUAGUGGCCGAUCCCUUGGCCCAUGUCUCUUCCUUGCGGAUGGUGCUGACAAUAAAACUGCUCAGCUGCGUGGGCACAAAUGUCUAGUAGUGGAUUCUUAGUGAGAAUCUGAUCAGCUAGCUUGUUUUUACUGAUGGUAUUUUACCCACAAAUGCCCAAGCAUGAAAUGAUUUGGAA